AUGAAGUCACCAUCAGAAGACCAGUCUCCAUCGAAUAUAGCAAUUACAUUCAAAUUGAUUCCGUUGAUUGUGAUUUUCCUUGUGUCACUUAUUGGGAACGUUUUGCUCGCUCUUUCCGCGUCAAGAAGAGGAUAUCGAAAAACGGGCACAAACAUCGUAAUAUUGAGUCAGGCAAUAGCAGAUCUCGGCACGACCUGUUUAGUCAUUCCGUUUGCCGUCCCGGCCAUUUUCACGGACAGGUGGACUGUUGGACAUCCCUUGUGUCGACUGAACAGCUUCUUCAACCUGCUGUUCACGAUUGCAACCUUAUAUAACCUCUCAUUUUUGGCCUACGAUCGAUUUCUGGUGAUAGUUCACAAGACCCAUCGGGUUCUAUCCUACGAGCAGGCCAGGAACGGCAUCGCUUUGCUAUGGCAUAAUUCUAUACUCGUUUUAUCGCAUAUUGGUGGUGUAUCGGAACUACAGGACUCGCAUAAACCCGACGAUGAUGUCCAACGUGGCAAAGUUCGCACUGGAGCAGUAUUGCCGGUCGGCAUUUACGUCCCUCUUGAUGAUCGGAACUACGAUGCUGAGGAAGCAACUGGGAUUACCAGUACCCAAGGAAGCCUGGUUAGACAAACAAUUCUUUGA